AUGGCUGGCCGUGUGCUGUUGGUGUGUGCCCUCUGCGUGCUGUGCUGCUGCGGCGGCGGUGUCGGUGCGUGGGGUGGCGGCUACUGCACGGAGAGUGACUGGAGGGACUUGAUGGCGGUUGCGAAGGACAUGACGGAGGCGGAGAUUGAGGGGCAGUACUGCAGCCGCAAGCCGGAGUUUGUGCAGGGGCCGCGGGCAAGUCUGCAGUCUGUUAAUGGCGAAGACGAAGGCGAAGAACAGAAGACGAGCGCGGGGGAUGGAAAGGAGACGAGCGGCAAGGAAGGUACGGAUGAAAGUGAAGGUGGUCUUUCGACAGACAAGAGCAAGAACGGGAACGCAACAGAUGAAGAGCCUCCUGCGAAGGGGUCGGGAGGGGCAAGCCACACCUCGUCGCCGGACGAUCAAAAGACACAAGAUGGUGGAGUGGGGCAAAAAGAUUCACCACAAAAGCCAACAACCAACGACGGGGAGGGAACGGAUGGAAAAGAAGGCCCGUCAGGUGACACGGAUAGCACCAGGGAUCAAUCAGGGGGCGGCACUGUAAAUCCGGAGGAAUCGGAACGCACGAAGGGAGAAGAAAUACCACCGCGGCAGGGAAGCUCACCUUCACCAUCACCAGAAGAAAAGCCGUCGUCGCCAAGCCGACCAGAAGAAGGGCGCGGAUCCUCAACUGACGUCAGUCAAGGAGAAACCAAUGCAGGGAAGGAGGGGCAAUCGGCAGACGACAACGGUUCUGCCACGCAAAAUCCAUCGCACGUGCCGGAAAAAGGGCCGCAGGAGAAACAGGCAGCGGAAGGAGACCCAGAGCAGAGCCACCAAGGCCAUCCUUUACCGCUACAACCGCACACGGAGGGUACUCAAAAUACGCUGAGCGACGACGCAGAUUUGCAGGGCGGUGAAAAGAAACCUGCAGCAGGGCACACAGACAGCGCUGCAAAGGACGCUGCGGCUACGAGUAACACUGGCAACGACGCCGAAGUGCAGUCAAAGCCGGCAAGCCCCGUGACUACAACCGAAGAUGGUCAGGCGGAGCAGGGGCACACCGCAGUGCCCACCUCCGACGAACAACCAGAAGCGAGUGGUGGGAAGAAAGAGCAAACCGCCAAGCCCGAAGCAGGGGCGGCUGCGCAAGCGGCCAUCAACGCCACCAAACCAACGGGGCCGGCGCCCGGCGACAGUGACGGCAGCACCGCGGCCUCGCACUGCACCUCCCCCCUUGCGCUUCUUCUGCUUCUUGCGUGUGCGGUGGCUGCUGCGACGGCGGCGGCGUGA